CGCGGCGCCAGAGCGGCAAUCCUGGGCUCGGCCAGCAAUUUACGCCCAUCUGCCUGCCAUCGGCGCUUCCGGUUCCGGUAGCCCCCGGUCGCGUCUGAUCCGAGGCGUCCGUCAUGGCGGGGACGCGGCUGGAAGCUGUGGGCAGCAUCUUCACGCGGACUCGGGACCUGAUGCGGGCUGGGGUGUUGAAGGAGAAGCCUCUCUGGUUUGACGUAUAUAACGCCUUUCCCCCUCUGAGAGAGCCGGUAUUCAGAAGGCCCCGCCUGCGAUAUGGCAAAGCCAAGGCUCACAUCCAGGACAUCUUUUAUCACGAGGAUCGAAUUAGAGCGAAAUUUUAUGCAGCCUAUGGAUCUGGUCAAAAAGCUUUUGAUCUGUUUAAUCCAAACUUCAAGUCUACCUGUCAACAGUUUGUGGAGAAGUACCUUGAGCUACAGAAUCUUGGAGAAACAGAUGAAGAGAAGCUGUUUGUAGAAACAGGGAAAGCUUUAUUGGCAGAAGGUGUCAUUUUAAGACGAGUGAGGGAAGCAAGGAUGCAGCAGGAAGGUGAUCACGUUUCCUGGAAAUCUGAACUCAGGGGUAUGAAACCGCAAACUGUGUUGGGAAAAAACCAGCCUCUGAAAGAAGUUCCACAGAAUCAGCAUUUGGAGGCACCUGAAGAACAGUCGAAAGGUCUUCCUCCUACCUGAAGAACUUGUAUACUGACAUCUGACUGUAUUCACUAGAUGGACGUUGAGCUAUUUUUAACAGUUGAACUGUGUAAAUGUUUCUUGAUCUCUAAGGCAUUAUAUUUGCUGCCUUUUAGAUCCUACUUCUAGGUUCUGAUAAUGCUCAGUAUCGUGGUUUGAAAGAAGCAGUUAUGUGAACUUUGUGUUAGAAAGGUAUUAAGUAAAGAAUUCCCUAGCUGCUUUGGAAGCAAAUUUACUUUAAAAUUGUAAAUAGCAUGAAGAAACCUUUGUAAGUGUUGUUUGAAGGGACUCAUUCUGAGUAGCUUUGCUUAGAUUUUUGUGUUAACAUGUGGACUGGCUACAUUUGAUUCUCUGGCAUGUUUCUCUUUUCUGGAUUCAUGAGAUUUAACUUGCACAUACAGUUGGUCCCUUAGCCAAUAUUUCUGCAGAUAAUCUUUGUAUUUUUUGCUAUUGAACUCUUGAGCUUUAACUUGAGAGGCCAAGCUGUCUUGGGCUUUGUGUAAGAGUGAGAACCUAUCAUUGAUGGUAAGACAAAGGCCAAAACUACAACUUUAAUUUGAUGGGUUGAAUGUGCUGGAGACAGUUAGCUUAGGCCUGAACAUAAUAGGCUGCUCAGUAAAGAUUUAUUGAAUGAAUGAAUGAAUGAAUGAAUGAAUGAUUACAUCCAGUUAAAGACUGGAUUUAGAUGACAUCUCUGUAGGUAACUGGAUUGCCAAGAGAGGGGGCAGCUAAUGUGGAUGGCUCUCCACCAGCAUCUACCUGCCUCCCUGGUUUCAAGGUGUGCAUAUAAGUCCUUGAACUGUCCUGCUUUCUUCAUAGCUUGUGUUAAAUAAAUAUCCCUUUGAAAUUGUAGCCUUUGUGUAUUUAUGAUCAAGCCAGUGAUUUUCAGCUAUGAGUAAUAAGCUGCUUCAGAAAUUCCUUAUUUUAAACUCCAUGUAGCUUUUCUGCCCUGUUGACCUUCUUGUGCAGUCUCCUCUGUCUCAUGCAAAGGGCAGGGCCUACACCUCAGCCUGUACAACUCUGUGUAUGUGGGUGCUCAGUUAAUGGAAGGUGAAUGAGUAGACGAGGCCAAAGCAGUUCUCGGCCAUGCUGCUUCUGCCUGCCCACCUUUCUCACUGUUUUGCAAUUCCUCUUGUUUGGGGAAUGCUUUCCUUUUAGCUGGGGAAGUAAAUUUCAUUAAUUAGGCAACAUUAUACAACCAUUGGGUGCCAAAUUCUGGGUCAGGCUUCUGCAGGAGGGCUUAAAGAGGUGGGGGAGAUGAUUCUGUUCUCAGAGGACCAAUUUGGGUCAUUUUUUUACUCCAACCCUUAUGUUUCUGGGUUUAUAAGGCAGUUUCUUUGCUCUAGUGAUGAAGACAUUUAAAAAAAGUUAUUUGUUGCAUAAUUCUUUAAAUUAUACAUGUACGUGGCUUAAAAUUAAGGGUGAAGAGGCAGUCUCCCACCCCUAGCCCUCAGCCACCCAUUUUCCCUUCCCCAAGGCCACCACUGUCAUCAUUUCCAUUCCAGAAAUGUUUUGGGUAUAUACAUGGGGGGCACUGCAUACUGUCCUUUACCUUUUUUUACACUUAACAUGUCUCAGAGAUCCUGUAUGGAUUUGUAGUGAUUUAAUCAGUGCCCGAUUGACCAAAGUAUGUUAUUUCUACAUUUUCUUGUGCUGCAGGUUGGCUAAUAGCUGUGGGGGCGUUCCUAGCAGUGGUAACUUGUCUUCAGUUUGGUUAUUAUCUUCCAUAGAAACUGCUAAGUUAUAUCCCACCAGUGAUGUGUGAGAAGUCCUGUUCCCCACACCCUCACCAGUACACUGACUAUUAAACCACACUGGGACUUGCAUGCAGCAGGCCUAAGCCUGGAAGAAGGGAGGCCAGGCCUUAGCAAAUCUUCUUUAGGUUGAAUCUCAGUGAUGAAAACAUAGUGAAAUGUGUGAGGUUUACUGGGGAAUUCAUAAUUCUUCCCGGAGUUGGUGUGGGCAAAACGCAUCAUCAGUUCCCUAGUGUGGAGAGGAUGGAAGGGUAACCUCAUUCUUGCCUUUAAGUUGCUUAAGAUCUAGUUGGGAAGAUAAAAGUGAUCUUCCAAAUGAUAAGAUGAAGAGGAAUCCUUUUAAAUUAU